UUUACACUGCUGUUAGAUACGAUGAAAAGGUGUUUGAUUCUAUACUGUGUGGUAUUACAGUUCAUUCCUGAUACAAUGGGUGUACUGUUAAACUCGCCAUGUACAAAAACGUCUGAUUGGAGUAACUACAACAUCCUCCGUUGUCCCACCAAUCACACGAUUUAUAUCACAAAGCACGUGAUUGAGGAUGGAUUUACCAAACUGGCCUUCCCAUCCCUUGGGUGUAGCGACCGUGAUGCUGUUUACUGUGGUGUCGAACUACCAACUAACAACAUCAAUCUUAAAAACUACCACAUUUUGGACUCAGCUGCUCAUACAUGCAAUAGACGAAAUGAGUGUAAUCUGACCAAACAAUAUUUUCUGAAGGCUGAAGCGGCUCUGAAGAAGUUUUGUAAUGCUUCACUACGACCCGAGUUACAGAAUGCGACUUUUCGACAGAGCAUUGACUAUGAAUGUAUUCAGGAUUCUCAGGUCAUGGACAUGUGUUUGACGGGAAAUGAGAGCAGACAUUCUUAUCAACCGGUGUAUUUAAAGGCCUUGGGCGCAAAUUGUACCUGUAGUCUUACUGGACCUGUGUCCCGUGUUAAGAUAUUACAGACAAAGUCUGUCAAAAUACUGAUUCAAUCCAAUGACAGCAACCUUUUGGAGCAUCAAAACACUAACGUUGGUUUGUAUGGUAUUGAUAUUCCUGUUCAAGCUGACAAUUUAUUCAUAAGAAUACAAGAGGGAUCAAACAACGGCUUUGUUCUGAUGACAGUUCUCAGUAAAGAAAAUUUAGACAUACGCUGUUACAAAAACAGAAUUCUUCAAAGAUCACUGUCAACUGUUCACACUCCUAGAAUAGCAUUUCAAAUUGAAAUGACAAUGGGAACUUCGUUAUUCACACAGUCAAAAACAGGCAUGUUUAUCGAAACAACCUCAGACGAUCAAGUACCUGUGUUUAAAGAAAAAAUAGAAAGUUCCGAUGUUGCAUUUAAUCAAGGUGUUUUAAUUUGGAUACAGACCUUUUCGAUAAUAUUCCUUUCUGUCUUUGCUUUUUUUAUUUACUACAAAAAGAGAACCGCAGGUCAUAAUUCAGUCGAAAUAAGAAUAAAAGACAAACAAGAGAAACUGAUACUUGUAUGUUAUCCUAAAGAUGAAAAGAAGAAGACGAGUAUUGAGAUCCACCAAGCAGACUGUAUGUGUGCCAGCAACAAUGAACGCAAGGAGACGGCUUCUCCAUACACACCUCUACAAAUUGUAAACGAAGUCGAGGUUAAUAAUCAGACAAGUAACAAUAAUGACUAUCUUGAUGUUAUUUGAUAUCAUAAAUUACCUUCUCGUCCAAUGCUGAAAAAAUAACUAAUUUUAGACGGGUUCGAUAUGAAUUGUGUUUGAUAUGUGUUUUUAUUUGUAAUUAAUAUUUUGGAAAGUUUGUACACUGUAGAUAGUUGAUUACAUUAAUGACACAAUUAUCUUUUAGAUAAUAGCAAAUAGGUACUGUUACAAGGAUUGUUUUACAUGUAGAGAGAUAAAAAACGUUCAUUUGUACAUAUUACAUACUUUUAAUCAAACAUCGCUCUAUCAAUGUUUAUAUAUUUUUUCAUUUUUUUUUAAAACCAACUCAUCUAUAAAUCUCCAUAAUAAUAUGAGUGUAGGGUUGCUGAUUAUCCUUAACGCAGUCAUGCAUGUAUAGAAUGAAAUAAUGCUGACAAGAAACUGUUAGAUAUUAUCAAAAUAAUAUGAACAUCUUAUCUCGUGUUUAGUUUCUAAACAAAGACUUUUUGUGCGAUGCAAUUGAGAUUUUGCAAAAAAGACAUAGAAUUUGCAAAAUCAUUUUACAUGUACAUACAUGAUUUUUUCUUAUCAUUUGAUAUGACAAUAAAUAUCUAAGAA